AUGGCCUUCCAGCCAGCCCCACCCCACCUGUGUCUGCACCAGAGCCGGCCACUGGCUGCCCCCCACUGCCCUUCUCACCGCUUCCAAACCCCACAGCCGGCGGCUCCUGAGCGGCUCUGCCCCGCAAGCCCCUCCCACCGGGAGUGCUACGCAUGGACCUUAAAGGGCCAGGUGCAACACCCGGCUAACGCCCCCAGCCAGCACCUCCGCCUCAUCCAAGGAGCCCAGAGACCAGCCGACCUGGCCCUGCGGAGCCCGGCCUCCGCGCCGCGCGUGUGGUUCGUACCCGACGCCCUGGGCAUCGUGUGCGCCUCGGCCACGUGGGCGCUGACGCUGAGCGAGGGCGCGCUGCUGCUGAGCGCCUGGCUGCUCCCGGCGCAGCGGCCGGCCUACAGCACACUGCACGGCUCGCUCUUCCACCUGCUGGCCUCCCUGGCCCUGGCCUCCCACGCGCGGACCAUGCUCACCGACCCCGGCGCCCUGCCGGUGGGCGUGCUGCCCGCGGGUGCCCCGCCCGCGCCCAGCCUGACGGCCCGCUGCCCGCUCUGCGGCGCCGUCCGGACGCCGGGCGCGCACCACUGCGGCGUGUGCCAGCGCUGCAUCCGCAGGGCGCACCUCCACUGCCCGUGGGUCAACAACUGCGUGGGCGAGCACAACCGCAAGUUCUUCGUGCUCUUCACGCUCUACACGGCGCUGGGCGCGCUGCACACCCCCGUGCGCCUGCGGGGCUCGCUGCUCUUCCUCUUCAUGGUGGCGCUGAACGGCUUCCUCUUCGCCGGCCUGAUGUUCACGAUUCAAAUACACAGCAUCCUCACCGACCCACAGAGUCAGCCGGGCGAGCCGGGCCAGGCGUCCGCGUGGACGAACCUGAAGGCCGUUCUGGGUCCGCGCCCCUCGCCGGCCUGGAUCAGCCCCUUCGCCUCCGCGGGACCUCGGGCCGCCAGCGGGCCCCAGGCUGUGGUCUGA